CCUAAUAGCCCGACCUUUUUCUCCCAAGCCCUUCCCCAUUCGCCACUACGAUCUCCUGCCGAGAUCUCCGGCAAUCGCCGCCGGAGAUAUCGCCGGCGAUCGGCGCCGCCAAAAUCUGGAUGGAUCUCCGGUGAUAGCGAGGUCGAGAGAUUGAGAUUGUGGUCGAGGGCGAGGUCGAGGUCGAGAUCGAGGAAGGUUUUCGAUGGAUCUGGAGGUGUCGGGGCUCUUCGAUGAUGACGCCGCGGCGGCGUUCGUGGGCUCCGCCUCCUCGUGCCCUGGAGCGCCGACGCCUCCCUCCUCAUCGACCACUAUGACGUGCGCCACCUCCUCGACCGCGUCCCCCCGCGCCCCUCCGUCGCAGCCGCAGCAGCCCACCGCCGCGCCGAGGCCGAGAUCGACCUGGAGCGGUAUCCGGAUCUCCCCCCUCCCGACGACGACGAUGGCGGCGCCUAUGGCCGUAGCGGUGAUGGUGAUGGACCACAAGCUCAUUCAGGUUUCGACGCAACUGCUCAAGGUGCUUAUCAGUCUGUUCCUUUCUCAUAUGGCGAUAAUGAUGCUUCAUCUGAUGCCAAGAGAACUGAUCCUGGAAUGGAAAAUUCUUGUUAUCGUCCACCUUUCCCAGUUCCAAAAAACUUAUUAAGCAACCUAAUUGUUAUUUAGUUCUUCUCCAGUUGGCCCAGCAAUACUCGUUCAAGGUGCAUGUUUUUCUUCUAAGUGUCGAUAAGGUAAAUACUUUCUGAACAAUAAAAAGGUGUUUAAUAAGGUGAUGGGUAGUGAAAUUUUUGUUGGUCUUUUAGCUUUAUAACCCUUCUGAACAUUAAAUAUAGCUUGACAGCUAAAGUAUUUAGUUUUUCUCAAAGGUUUUUGUUUUAGUCACCGAGAUACUGAUCUUCACAGUUAGAAAAUUAUGAAAGAAAUUAGAAUCAUAGGUCCUUUCCUGAUCCUCAUCUCUUCUAAACAAUCUCCUUGCGCAUGACAUGCAAAACGCAUAAGACUAGGAAGGAUACCUGCUACAUUGGGAAAGCUUUCGAACCUCUCUUGGCUAGACCUUGCUGAUAAUCAGUUGAAUGGAACUCUCCCGAUGUCGAUGAAUGCGUCUCCGGGCUUGGAUCAACUCCUCAAUGCACAACAUUUCCAUUUAAACAAGAACCAGUUAUCGUGUUCGAUACCAAAAAAUUUUUUC